UGUCGGUACAUAUGUUUAGAUUUGGUUUAGUUUAGAAAUUAAAUAACUUAGCAUUUUUAUAGAAUAGGCAUCCCUUUUAAAAGUUACUGAUAUAUUUUUAGUUAUCCGAAAAAGUAAUCGUGUAAACUGUCAACAGAAGUCGUUACUAUUUAAUUUCAGUGGUUAGACAAGUUAUUUAUUCGUUGCUGGGGGUGCUGGGUUUGUUGUAACUUGGUUUGUUGCAAGACUUCCUCAACACGAUGGAGGAUCACGAUGAAAGUAACCAAACUUUAUCGUACGCCAAAGUACAAGCUCCACCGACGUAUGUCACUUAUGGAGAUACCGUGGCAAGGGUCGUUGAUCCGAUGGUGAGGGUGUUUGAAAAGCUUCUGAAAAUUAAAGAACGCGAAGAACGUGGCAAAGGCACAGACAAGGGGAAAGAAAAUGAGAAAGAAGCGACGGAAGAACCAGAAGAGAGUGCUGAACUGAUACAUCAUAGAUCCUCAUCUAGGAGAACGACCGAUUCUAAGAGAAGAUCUUACAAAUCACGAUACCAAUCGGAUGGGAUCCACCAAAAGCCAAAACAAGAAGAAGAAGAAAUUCCUUUUUCUUUUGUGAAAAAAGAGCUGGAGAAACGUACUCAUGAAGAAAUGAAAGCAAUUUGGUUCAAGUUCGUUGGUAAACAUCUUAUAGAUGACAGUAUUGAACGAGAUUGGAAGGAAUUGAUAGGUGAAAUUCAAUUGGAUGGUGAAGAAUCUCGAGUGAGUAUACAAAAAGUCACAUCCAAAACAAAGCCAAAGGAUAAACAGUUAAAAUACAGAAUGUCCGCAAGGGAGAGUACAAACUUGAAAGAUUCAAAACCGUUAACCAGAAAAGAAUUAAUUGAUCUUCAUAAAGCCCAAAGAAAAGUCAUGGACAUGAAGUAUGUAGACAUGUUCAAAAAGGAGCCCAUAAAAAGUGCUUACUACCACAAUCUUAUUAAAAAUUUGCAAAGCCGCAACACGUUAGGAGGUUUGGCUUCUCGUAUUCGAGGCAAAGCUAAGCGUAAAAAGCCACCUGCGACAUCUGAGAAAGAACAUAUUGAAAUCAAACGCAAAAUAGAUAUUGAGCCGGAUGCAUUUGUGGAAGUCGAGUUCGAACAUGAAUCAGAAGGUUCGUUAGAUGAAGAAAGGUUGGAAGAAGAUGAAAGUUUACUAUUUCAGGAACUUGAACUCGAAGCUCAAUCGUUAACGGAAUUGAAAAGUAUAGAAACAGAGUUGGAGUGGGCAAGCUGCCAUAGCAUAACCAAGCCUUUGGGAGUCGAAUCGAGAGGGGUAGAAUAUGAAGCAGAUGAAGAAGAAGUAGAAAUGGGGAAGAUGGAUUAUAUAAGAUCAGUCAUUGUUGGGCAAAAUACUAUCCGUGAUGAGAUGGAACUCAUAGAAGAAGAGAUGGUGGUUGAAAAUAUAUGGAAAAAUCUGGAAGAAUUUGAAGCUAAAGACAGUGACGACUCUUUGCAAUUCUUGUAUUUAGAUGAAAAACGAAAUAAAGAGUCUGAUCAUUCCAGCCAACUUAAGGAAGUAGAUACAUACACAGAGUUUAAAAGGAAGCAAAAAAAGAAAGCAGAAAAAGAAAAAAAGGAAGCUGCAUUCCAAGAAAAGUUGCAAAUACGAAUAGAAAAGUUAGCUAAACUUAAAGACCCAUCCUACUGGCAGAAGUUAAUGGAAGAUUCUAUGCAAAAGGAAUUAGAACUCGGGGAAGAAGAGAGUGAAGUCUAUGAUGCUGAAUUUGAAGAUUAUCUUGAAAGUCUUGAACAAGAAAAUGAGACACUAUUUGGAGAAGAUGAGGAGUUUAAGGAUAUGAAAUGGGAAGGAAAAGAAACUAAAGAUGAAAGUAAACAGUCUCAUAAAGAAGAAGUCGAAGAGGAGGUGGAAGAGGAAGAGGAUGAAUUGGUUUUAUUAGAAGAAGAAGAACAAGAAGAACAAGAUGAAGUGUUGUUUUCAAUUGAUGAAGAAUUGUCGGCAAAAAUGAAAGGGGAUGAUGAAACUUUAGCAACAUUUGAAGAAGGAGACAUUGAAGUCAGUGGCAUGGAAGAGCUUAUGGAUGAAGGUGAUGUCAGAAAACUGAGUGACACAAAAACAGACAGUACAGUAGACGAAGAAAACAUAGAAGAAGAAGAAACACCUUCAAAAGCUGACCUACAGAUCACAAAUGUUCAACAGAUUAGUCCAAAAGCUCGUUACUUUAACCCAGCCUAUCCAGAAUUAUUUGCAUCAGACGCUUCCAUUUUUCCCAGUUACACAGAUCUCAAACGUCCUUAUACAUUGGUAUGUUCGGACCGAAUCAAGGCGAGACUCAGCAAUUACAAGAAACUCUUCAGAAAUGAACUCCUUUCACUACAACGGAGGCACCCGUUUGCAUUUGGAGGAGUCCAGCUGGCACGACAGUUUAUCAUCGGCAUCCGUGUGCCCCAUAGAUUCGUUGAUCCGUUGAAAUUCAGGGAAAGAGAGAAAGUGGAAAACCUUCUAGCAGGACGAACCAUGUAGCCACAUAUCUCUUGAGGUUUUGAACUUAGCAAAUCCUAGUAAUGAUUCUUCAACUACUUUGUAAACUCAGUAAAAUUGUAUGCGCUAAUUUAAAAAAAAAAUAGUAAAUGAUUAUACAAGCUGAU